AUGAAUAUUGGAUGUUACAUAUCGAUCUUGAUAUUAAAUGGAUGUGUUUGUAUUGUCACCUCAAUACACGUCUGCAGCAAUCAAACAGAAUUUGGUAAAACUGUAUAUCUAUCACGCGAUGAACGUGACGUAACCCAGUGCCAAUGUGACGUUUCUUUACCAGAAUACUCGAAAAAAGACUCUUACAAUAUUGGAUUUCACAGGCAAUGGUUUUCGAAUUCCUGUGAAUUUAAUUUCUUUGUGACUGAAAAUUCCAUUAGACGUAAUUAUUCCUGCAAAGAUUUUAAGGAACAAUAUUUUACUCUAAAUCCAGGAAACGUUUUAACUAUUGCCUUGGAAUCGAAUUCGGAUGCUGAUUUGUUCGAUUUUAAUCUAGUUGUACAUUCCUACACAGAUAACUCAACAUUAAUCUUAGAAUGUUAUGAACUAUUGAAUACGGGAGUACCAGGUGUGACUGGUCAAACGACUCUUGGUACAUCUAUAUCUACAAGCCCAGCUGAUGAUGGAAACGGGGAUACAGGACUAGGUGCAGGAGCAAUAGUUGGUAUAGUGAUAGGUGUUAUACUCCUUAUUCUGAUUAUAAUAAUAAUAAUAGUUUGCUUGGUGAAGAAAAAAAGAGAAGAAACAUACGCAAAUACGGCAAGACACGAUCAUGAUCUACAUAUCUACCAAUCUGUGACGUCUGACACCACAAAUGCGACACGAAUCACCUAUGAUAAUACGGGUAUGGUGUCAGAUAAUGGAGUUCCCGAAUUACCAAUACAGGAUUUUACUCCUGCUAGAGGGGACGUGAAUUCCAAUAAACAUUAUGAUAAUGAAAAUAGGAACUUGGAGACCGUCAUUGACUCAUCUUCAAUACCAGAUACGAGAAACAUCGAAAACAAUCAACCAAACAUAGUUUCUUCUCCACAAACUCGAGAUGUAGAUGCCGAUUUUUCACUGACACACAUUAAACGAGCUCCUGAUAAUGAUACAGAAGUUAAUCUGCAAGGGGAACAACCGACAAUUUUUGGUGAUGACGAUAUUGAGAAUUAUAGUGAAGUUACAAGACUAGAAUCUUCUCAGAUUUAG